GCGUUGGAGGCUGAUCACGUCACCGCUCGCGCGCGUUCUUUUUCCCUCAUUGAUUUUCCGCGUCGAGUUUUCUGAGACCCGAUGGAAGUGAAGGAGGAGAGUGAAGGACUGAGUGAAGUGGAGGAGGAACAUCAUGUCCAACCAGGAGAAAAACCUUUGAGUCGCUCAAAGACUAAAAAAACAUUUUUAAAGAAAAGAGCCAAUAAAUUUUCAACCUGCACUCAGUGUGGAAAGAGUGUCACAACCAAACAUCUUAAUAUGCACAUGAGAGUUCACACCGGAGAGAAGCCGUUUUCAUGUGAUCAUUGUGGAAAGAGCUUCUCAAAAAAACACCACCUUCAAAGACACUUGAGGAUCCACACUGGAGAAAAACCGUAUGCAUGUGAUCAGUGCGGAAAGAGUUACCCAGAUAAACAAUAUCUUGAACUUCACAUGAGAAUUCACACCGGAGAGAAACCAUUCAUGUGUGAACACUGUGAAAAGAGAUUCUCAGACAAAAACCGUCUUAGGCUUCACAUGAUAAUCCACUCCGGAGAGAAGCCGUUCUCAUGUGAUCAAUGCGGGAGCAGUUUCUCUCAAAAACAACAUCUUCUAGGACACAUGAGGAUCCACACUGGAGAAAAGCCGUACGCAUGUGAUCAGUGCGGAAAGAGUUUCGCUCUAAAACACCAGCGUGUUAUUCACAUGAUGAUCCACACCGGAGAGAAGCCGUUCUCAUGUUAUCAAUGCGGAAAUGCAUUUCGUGGGGCAGCGGCCCUAAAGACACACCUGACAAUUCAUACGAAGGAGAAGCCGCAUUCAUGUCCUGUGUGUGGAAAGAGUUUUUCACGGCUGAUAUAUUUAUAUAAACACGAGAAAAUACACACUGGUGUGAGAGAGUACAUGUGCUUUGAGUGUGGGAAGACUUUUAAUACAGAUCAACAUUUAAAACUGCACCAGAGGAUCCACACUGGAGAAAAACCUUACAAGUGUUCACACUGCGACAAGAGAUUCAGUCUGUCAACACAUCUGAAAACACAUGAGAGGAUCCACACUGGAGAAAAACCUUACAAGUGUUCACAGUGCGACAAGAGAUUCAGUCAGUCAUCACAUCUGAAAUUACAUGAGAAGAUCCACAGCAGAGGGAAGCCGCACACGUGUGAUCAGUGCGGAACAAGUUUCUCUUUUAAAACUCCCCUGAUUCGACACAUGAAGACCCAUAAAGUGAAGAAACCACAUCACCACAGUCACGACACGAUGGAAGAACCAGAGAGAAACCUUACACAUGAUCAAUUCUGGAAGAGCUUCACGGUUAAGGAAAACUUUAAGAGACAAAUGAGGAUCCACACUAGACGACCAUUCACUUGUGAACAGUGUGGGAACAGUUUCUCAAGUAAACGAAACCUUAAGAAUCAUAUGCGGAUUGUUGUAUGUCUAUACCGCUGUAACCUUAUAAAUCAUUCCCAUAACCUGUUACAAUCAUAAACUGCCCUUACCUGCAGGUUAAAGAUGUUAGACGUUAAUACAGUGUCCUUAAACCAGUUCAGUCCUAGGUCCGUUUCACUGGGUGUUUGCUAGUACUAAUAUCUAAACUACAAUAAAAUAAAGAUAUGUCUAGGGAAAAAUCACUCUAAAAAAGGUUUUGAAAGUUUUUCGAAUCGUUAGCUCGGAUUUCAUCAAAAAUAUGAGGUUGAGUAAAUGGCAGAAAUUUUUAUUUUUGGGUGAACCAACCCUUUUAAACCAUUCUCCUCAAAUGCGUUUUACACGGGUCAGUAUCACCCCUGGCAUCAAGACAACCAGCCCAAGAGCACAGAAUGCAUCAGCAGCAUCUUGAUAGUAGAUCUAGUGAAGAACAGAUGAUGAGAUACACUGACAAACACAACAGGAUCUCACAAAUAUUAUAGCACCUCACCACACAGGCAAAUAGCAAAAUCAUGUCAAUGGACACCAACAGUGGACCUUUUUUCAACAAGCUGCUUGGCAUUUUCCUUUCCCGUAGUCCUUUCCAGCCUUGUGGAGGUUUACAAUUUUGUCUCCAGUGUCUUUGGACUGCUCUUUGGUCUUGGCCAUGUUAGUAGUUGGAAUCUUACUGAUUGUAUGGCGUGGACAGGUGUCUUUAUACAGCUAACAACCUCAAAUCUUUUUUAGGAUAAUAAAUGGGGUGGAGGUGGACAUUUUAAAGGCAGACUAAGGGCCGGUUCACAUAUCGCGUCUUUUGCGUGCUUAAGUUCAUUAUUUUAAAUGUAGGCGCGCGGUAUGCGCGCUCAUAAUGGAAGCGAUGCGGUCGCGGCGCGACGCGCUCUUUUUUUCCAUGCGCAGCCGCGCCGAGAUAAAAACAUCUCAACUUUUCAGAAUACCGCAAGCGCACCAUACGCACACAAUAGGUCAUGUGACAAGA